CUUCGCCACUCGUCUCACCACCAAGCCAAUAGAUAGACUCCGGCCAUUGAUACAUGGACAGUCGUCCCAGGACGACCAUCCUUUCGCUUCGCUCGGAGAAUUUGAUCGCCCAGCUGUGCCACACCCAUCGCCAGCACACAAGCUGCCCCGCUGGCCAAACGGUACAGCGCCCGCCAGCGUACAACCGUCCCUCCUCUCUUGCGGCUCUGGCUGAUUGAUGCUCGGAUGAUGCCGUCCCUCAUCCACUGUAUUCUGAUCGCAGUUCAACUCUUUCAACAACCG